AUGAUUGACAACCCCCCCGUGAAGAGUUUUGUUCUUCAACCUCCACCAUUAGAGGAGUUGAGAGAUGUGAUUCAAAAUGGACUGAUGAACGCCUUCGAAACCGCCUUCGUGGAGGUGACAAAAUGCCCCGAUCUAUCUCAAUCGCCUUUCCACCUAUCCGCUCCCGGUCUCUGCGGCGAUGAAAGAAUCGCUGAUGUUGGGGGUCCAGCGUACCUUCAGCCUGUCUCAGAUUUGACCAAGAAGUACACUAUACCCAAGAUUCUCGAUCUGGUUGGCAUGGAAGGACAGGCAUUUGCGAUUGGUGCCGCUGGAGGCCCAUUCCAUGUCGUUGGAAAAAAUUCAGAGCUUGUUCCAAAUCUUGCCCGUGACGCCAAUGGUAAAUGGCAAAAUCUUUCACGAUAUGUGCAUAUUGACAAUGAUGAGAAGAUGAGUCUCAGCAUGGUACCAAAUGAUACGAAAGAUUGCGGGUUGAUGGCGAAUCUGUUCAUCUCCCGAGGCCACCAAGGUCAAUCACUUCAUAUAAGGGCAAAAGGUCGCCGAGGUCAAUUGAACUUCCCAGAGACAAUUCAAGAGCUCCUUCGUGUCAAUUAUGGAGACCGACCUGUCAGCUUGGGGGGUGUUUUUCUCGUGAAACAAGGAACAGCAAAACUUCAUGUGAUGACUGAUUUCAGUACAUCCUCGUGUCCCGGACCAGACCACGAAUGGUUCCGUUACUAUGAAGCGGACGCGCCGAUUGUCUGCUUGACCACAUUUCAUUCUGUUGAUCACCUGGGUUGGAAUCUCAGGAUGGAGCAUACACACUGCUUUUCAGAAAGUGGAGCCGGUGGUCAUUACCAUUACGAUACGACCCCCGAUGAUGUUGAGUACGAAGCCUGGUUGAACACUGCCAAGGCUAUUUAUCGAAUCGAUCAGCCUCCUCUGGCGUGA